UUGGAACUUCUCUCUCUCUCUCUGCCAGCUGAGUGCCUGUGGAGAGCUUCCUUCAGGAAUAAAUGUUCUGUAAAGUACAUUUUCGGAGGAGGCGAGGGCAGAUCGGGUUCCUCCCCAUUUUUAGCGCAGACUCGGGUGACCCGGACAAGGAAAGUCCUGGCUGUAAAAGAAGACGAACCCGCACCAAUUUUACUGGCUGGCAGCUCGAGGAGCUGGAAAAGGCGUUUAAUGAAAGUCAUUACCCGGACGUGUUUAUGCGAGAGGCUCUGGCUCUCAGGCUAGACUUGGUGGAGUCCAGAGUGCAGCUCUUGGUUAACUCCCUGGACCCAGCCCUGAUUUCAUUCUGGUUAUUAGACAGCUACCAGUGACUGUCU